AUGACUGUAGUCUCGAAUGAUCCUAGUUGGUGGCCGUUCAUCAGUUCGUAUCUUUUUCUCAGCUAUUGGAUGGUUGCUGCAGGCCUCGUGGUGGUAUACGAUUGGGUACUAACACUCGGAGAAGAGAUUGAACUGAUCUGGACCCAACGCUGGUCUCUUAUGACUGUGCUGUACCUGGUUAUACGUUAUGUUGGAAUAUCAUAUUUUGUUGUCAAUGCUCUGGUCAUCAUGAUUGCUCGAUUGCAUGCCAUGUACCAGGGAUCUGGGAAGAUGCUUAUCCUUCUUGUCAUUGUUUUCCUGGCUGUAAACAUCGCCUGCGGAGUAAUCGCAAUAAUAGGACUCAAGUAUCAUAGUGUAUCAGAGAAGCUAAUACUCUCUGGCAUUCAUAUGUGCGGUGGCGGAUAUGAUAGGGAUACUCGGCUUCUGAUGUCAAUGGUCUGGAUGCUUAACACUGUCUGGGAGGUCUUCACACUGUGUCUUUCAGUCUGGAUCGCUGCUAAGCACUUCCAUGAUCUGCGACGACUCGGCCCAUUGACGGGAUCGAUCAUCGGGGAUUGUUUCAGAGUGCUGAUGGAAUCUCACGUGCUUUAUUUUGCAAGCUUUGCUGGCGUCUCUUGCCUCCAGCUUGUUAUUCUCUCUCCAGAGCUUGAGAAUUCGAAUUCCAUUGGAGUUGAGAUACUCGGUGCUAUGGAUAUUUUAUUGUCCGUGCAAAUGUUUGUGCUGGGACCACGCCUCAUCCUUAGCGUUCGACAAUAUCACGCUAAACUCGUGGCCGAAUCCGACACAGAAACUAGCAUGAAUUCGAUCGUCUUCCAGGAGCGCAUACAUGUACUGACUAGCAGUACUGUGUAG